AGCAUUCUAUAUUGCAGCUUUUUUUUCCAUCUUCUGUUAAUACUUUGAUCCAUCGCCAUGUCCAAUAAUGCUGAUCUCUUGAAGCGUAUUGCCGAACUUUCUGGAGCUAUUGAACAACAUCGGAUGAACCAGCCCGAUCAUGGUCCAACUUACAGUCCGACAUCCUAUCGCGGCCGACCGUGGACACGAGGGCGAGGACGGGGCAACAUGACGUUGAACAACACCACACCACAUCCCGCAAAAGGAAGUCCCAACAGGACACUAAUAGUGAAUCAAUCGCAAGCAAAACCAUUCUCUGCAACACCCUCCCAUUCAGCAACUUCCUCGUCUGCAGUGGUGCAUACCCAUCAUCGAAAGCUAGAUAACACCAAACCAAGCGUCUCACCGUCCGCUGUGAAGCUACCAAGUGCCGUUCCAGGCCCAACUGGCUAUGCCUCUUCUGUUCCCGCCAAACGACCUUUUGGGACAAGUCAGCAUAGGACCCUCAUCAACAAUUAUGGCGCUUCGACAAUAACGAGCAUUCCACCAGCAGCAGCAGCAGCAACAGCGACAGCGAGCACCGCACAGCGACCCAUUCAUCGACCAUUGCAUCGACCAAACGUAAGCCACAACAAGACACUCCUUUUCAACAAAAGCUCUUCAGGCAUUCCGGGCGUCGGUGUGCCUACGACAGUUUCCCGUUCGAUCAAUGCCGCAGGGCAGGAAACGGUUACUGUCAACGGUGUGUCCUACAUUGACAAGGGAAAUAAACUGGUACGCCAAGGCCAUGUCGGUUCAACGCCUGCUCCUCGGGUGCUUGUAAAACGGCUUUCAAAAAGUAAUAAAUACAAUAAUAUGGUGCUGGGCAAACGUCCGCGCAUACGAACGGAAAAGAAACGACAUGUCCGCAGUAAGAAAGGAAACAUGGUCUUAAUGCGUGAACCUGAAGGGUAUACAAGGCAAGGACGUAGCGGCAAAUCUCUCGUUCUGAAUACCAAAAAGAUGCAAAAACAAUACUGUGGAUUUUAUACACGUUACGGCAAAUGUCCCAACGGACCGUCAUGCCUCUUCAAGCAUGACCCGGCUCGACGGGCCAUCUGUCCUCGCUUUCUCAAUAAACGGUGCAAAAAACCUGCAGGACAGUGCAAGUUAUCUCAUACACCUACUCCAAACAUUAUGCCUCAUUGCGUCCAUUUUCAACGAGGAAGGUGUAGCAAUGAUGAUUGUCCUUACCCUCACGUGCGUGUUAGUCCAGAUGCACCGAUUUGUCGCGCUUUUGCCACAGAAGGAUAUUGUCCAAAAGGACUGGAGUGUCCGCAGAAGCAUGUUCACGUAUGUCCGGAAUUUGCUGAAACAUCCAAAUGUUCGAAUGCCAACUGUCGCUUGCCACACGUAACGCGAAGAACAGGCGACCAACAAAAAGCCACCGGUAUUGUGCGCCCUGGUAGCUGGGUUAGUGCACAUUAUUUCCAUGCUCAGAAGCAAGCAAGAGCCGAACAACAAAAAGAACGCGCAGCGAAACGUCAGCGCAUGAGUGUCAGGUUUAACCAUGUCACCGGCAAACCAGAAACAGACCAGGACGAUGAUGAUACCAAGGAAGAAAAUGAAGAAGAUGGGUUUGUUCGACUAUUUGAUAACAGCGAUGACGAAGGAUGGAGUCAAUUCUAUGCCAAGGAAUCGACAGAUACCGAUGACGAAAGCGAGGAAGAGAAAAAUGAGGAUCAAAUAUCAAGUACCCAACAAGCCUCAAACGGAGAAGGAUUUGUUCGAUUGCAUAAUGACAGCGGCGAUCAAGCCUCGGCUCAAUUCAGUACGAAUGAUCCGAAAGAACAGGAACUCGGUGAAUUGCGAUUUAGUGAUAAAGGUGAAGACGAAGAUGACGGCGAGGAAGAUGAAGAUGACGAAAGCGAGGAAGAAGACGAUAGCGAAGAUGAUGAGGCGGAAGAGGGAAAAGAAGUAGAGAGUGCUCAAGCACACAUGGAACAAGAUGAAAAAUCAUUGGAAAGUGACAAGACGGCGGAUGCAUUGGCAGAUGAAGCUGACACCGACAAUGAAUAUGAGGAAGUAUAUGAAGCGGUUUCAGAUGAUAGUGAAUAUGAGGAUGCUGUGGGCGACAUCACGUACAGCUAAAUCUGUGAAAGGGGAUGGACCUUUCGCUUCAGAUUCUUGUAUAAUAUUUUGUAUUACCUUGUGGAUACCUUAGCCAUACGCAUUUCUUGAGAAUUUAUCGAAAUAAAUAACACUUUAUGUUCAACCG